AUUAACCAUUCCAUAUCUUUGUAUUCAUUCCUCAUAACCCUAGCGGCUGCCGUGCUUCUUUGCCCUCCCAGUAUCGCUGCUUCUCCAUUGAAUCCAAAUGGCACCGAAGAAGGAAAAGGCACCACCUCCGUCCUCAAAGCCUGCCAAGUCUGGUGGAGGGAAGCAGAAGAAGAAGAAAUGGAGCAAGGGUAAGCAAAAGGAGAAGGUGAACAACAUGGUUUUAUUUGAUCAGGCAACUUAUGAAAAACUUCUUUCUGAGGUUCCAAAGUACAAGCUUGUUACUCCUUCAAUCCUUUCUGACAGAUUGAGAAUCAAUGGAUCAUUGGCACGUAGGGCAAUCAAAGAUUUGAUGUCUAGAGGUUCCAUCAGGAUGAUUUCUGCUCAUGCUAGCCAGCAAAUAUACACCAGAGCCACCAACAACUAGUUGAGGGGAAAAUGAAUUAUAAAUCUGUCUUUGAUGGAUGAUAGGCUUGUUUCUUUUUGUUAGGGAACUAGUGCCAUUUUGAUGAACUGUUAUUUUACAUCUUUAUUGCAUACUAAUUACAUUUUUGCUGUUAAUCUAAUAAGAAGUUAAUUCUAUCA